UAAUUAAGGAUGGAAGGAUACAAACGACUUUUUGAGCAUAUAGAUGAGAAUGGAGAUGGGAAAAUAUCAGCAUUGGAGUUGCAACUAUGUGUGCAUUUGAUAGGCAAAGACAUAUUGUUGUUUGAGGAGGCAGAGGCAGCAAUUGUGGCCCAUGACUCGGACAACGAUGGCUUAUUAGAUUUUGGCGAUUUUAUGAGAUUAGUGGAAGAUGGAGGGACGGAAGAAGAGAAGGAGCGCGAGUUGAAGGAGGCGUUUAGGAUGUAUGAGAUGGAAGGGUGUGGAUGCAUAACGCCGGAGAGUUUAAUGAGAAUGCUUCAUAGGUUAGGGGAGAAGAGGACUGUUGAUGAGUGCAGAGGAAUGAUAGCCACAUAUGAUAUCAAUGGUGAUGGUUUGCUCAAUUUUGAGGAGUUUGUCAUUAUGAUGCGUUGCUAG